AUGCUGAGCCUGGUGGAUUUACCCUUCUCCCCCUCCUGUUUCGACGCCCUCUCCUGGUCAGCAGAUGGCGACCUUGCCAUUGCCGCGGGCGAGUAUGUCCAGAUCCUGACACCAAAGAAAUCCAAUACAGAGUCAUCUGCACCUCAAAAUCAAGAUGAGUGGAACAUUACUCGUAUCCGCGUCAAUCUCUUCACCCUUGCCGAGUGGCAGGUCAUCGCACCCCAGAAUCGGGAUGACUUCUCAAUCGCAGCGGAGCAGUCCACCAGUACGGUAGUGGGUGUUGCUUGGUCACCACCAGGUCUGGCCUCUUUUCGCCGAAGUGUGCUGGCGGUGUUGACAUCUAAUCUCUUGUUAUCUCUGUGGGAGCCAACUGGCACCCAGCGCCAGUGGACAAGAGUCGCCAUCGUGAACCAUAUUUUCCAUCUCGAUCCUACAGCCCCGGCGCAGCUUAGUGGCUCGGAACUGCGAAGAUCCAAUAUUCGAUCAUUUCAAUGGUGUCAACCUCUACUUGCACCGUCCCUCAACUCGGGUUUAGCACCCGAGCCCGAGGCCCGCUGGGGUGUGCACCUACUCAUCGUCACUAACGAUGCUAAUGAAGCCAUUCUGCUACGUGUUAAGAGGUUGGUGAACGGGAAAAGCUCCUCUGUACCCUACUCAAUCGCCAAAUUGGCACUGUACUCGAUGGAGGAUGACCAAGAACGUUAUCCGCAACCCUGCCAUGGAUCGCUUCUUAGGAGUGCCCUUCAAUCCAAAUCGAGGGUAUUAUCGGUCUCCUGUGGUCCGUGGCUUCAAUUAUCACAAAAAGGUGAAGAUAGUGUCUACACUGCUACCGCAAUGAUUGCUGCGGUAUUCGGGACGCAGCUACGAAUUUUCAAGACGACGGUGACAUUGCAUGCAUCUGACCGGGUUGAUGGUGAUAUCCCCCACUAUGAAGCAAGAGCAAGACUUUCGGAUCAUCCAUUGGGCCCAAUCGCCUCGGAAUGGACCUCCCGUCCUGUGAAUGGCCCAUUCAAAUGGGCUUCUACCAACGAGCCAGCUGCGAUUACACUUGUAGCCCCUUCCAGUGUGGGAUUUUUAACCGUGUCCAUCCCGCGAGCUGUUUACGAUGGCAGUGCGAGUCCGGAUGAAGUCGAUGCCCAGGAGUGGCCUUUAUCUCUUCUCGCCGAAGAGAGUGGUGAAGGCCCAAGAAGAUACCUGGAACCAAUCUCGGGAAUGACUACUUUGUACGAUGAGAAGAGCGGAGCGUUGAGCCUUCAUCUGGGCACAAUGAGUGCGGUAGGGAUCGUUCUUAACCUGGAUGGACCUGGAACAGAAACUAGCCCGAGAAAACCUCAAUGGAGCACAGUCGUCGAGGACCGUCUCGAACAGUUUGACCUGGACCGCGAUUUGGGAGGACAGAGCGUCGCCCGAGUCUGGGGACUGGCUUCCUAUCGUGGUGUGGUUGCCGUGCUCUUUUCGAGGCAUCCAACAGAUAUGAUCGAAUAUCGGGUUACAUCCGAUGAAAGAUCCGUCCUCGCAUUUGCCUCUGAGGAUCCAAAUUACUCCCCCGACAUACAUACACUUCUCGCUCCGAUUACCUCGGCUACCGAGUCAUGGUCCCGGGCAGAUCAGCGUGAGGCAGUGAUAUCGUAUUUGCUGUCCAGCAUGGAUGGAACGGCCGAACAAGACCCAGAGAGUCAGAGGCUUAUCUAUGCCUCAGUUUGCUGCGCCAUUGUUGAUCAAAAGGGCUCUGCUAUCCGAUCUCAUGCCCGGGAGUCGUUACAACGACUCGCAGUCCUGACAGGCGCAGACCUGAGCGAGGAGAUUGCCAGAUGUGAUGAAGAAUCUCCGACAUUAUCUGCCAAGUCUAUAGAACAGCUUAGUGGCCCGGGAGCUCAUAUGUUUGAAAGAUGCGAGAUUUGCGAUGCCGGGAUUGCAUGGGUCUCAGCCGGUGAAGCCCAAUGCGCAGAGGGCCAUCUCUUUAUGCGUUGUGGACUGAGCUUCCUGGCCAUUCAAGAACCCGGAUUAUCCAAGUACUGCUCUCGAUGUCGGACUGAGUACAUCAACGAAGAAACGGUGGCUGGAAUACACGGAGGCAGCCUUUGCCCCCUUUUCAGGAAUCUCUUUGAGGCUUUUGAUACGUGCCUAUAUUGCGGGGGCAAAUUCCAGGCGAGCAUCUAA